AUGGUCGAGCUGACCGUGGGCAUCAACGUACCGGUUUGUUACGGGGGCUUUUUGCAGAGAGUCCUGGGCGACCGGAAGACCCUCGAUCGGUCGAGCGAAGUGAUCGUCGUGGUCGGCCGCGGAAACGACAUCAACAUCGAUGUGCUCAUGAACUCGCCCACCGCAAUGCUGUCCGAGGAGAGCAUCCAAGAAAGCACCAUCAACAACGCACACAAACCGACCGCCGCGUCCGAUAAGGACCUCCAGAGGGGCGUCUUGAGAAGGGAGCAAUCUGGAUUUAAGCUUACCCAUUAUCGUGUUGAACAUCGUCUCUUCAACCUCAUCAUCAUCAUUAUCAUCAUCGUUACCUCCCUGUUUAAUCUUGCUAUACUCAACAAAGCCAUGGCACAAUCAUUCCUGAAGAACUACCUGGGCUUCGGAGGGUCGGCGGCGCCAGCGGACGACAAGACGCCCGUUAGGGCUUUGCCCGCCUCCUGGUACACCUCCCAGGAAAUGUAUGAGCUGGAAAGACGAGCGAUCUUCUCCAAGAAAUGGCUUCUGAUCACCCACCAACUGAGACUGCCCAACUCAGGAGACUGGCUACGGUACGAUGUAGCUGGCUUCCAGUUCAUUCUCUGUCGUGACCGCGACGGGAACAUCAAUGGCUUCCACAACGUCUGCAGACACCGUGCUUUUCCUAUUGUGACCGAGGAGAACGGCCACAGCAACAUCUUUGCUUGCAAGUAUCAUGGCUGGUCCUAUGGCCUCAAUGGCAAGCUCGCCAAAGCACCAGAGUAUCAAGACCUUCCAGGAUUUGACAAGUCGAAAAACGGCCUUUUGCCCAUUCACACCCAUAUCGACCACAAUGGCUUUAUCUGGGUCAACUUGGACGGCGGUGAGAAGCCAGAAAUCGCUUGGAGCGACGACUUCGAGGGAGUCGACAGGCAAGCCAGAUUCGAACACUACAACUUCGACGAAUAUCAAUUUGACCACAGCUGGGAGAUGGAAGGUGACUAUAACUGGAAGAUCCUGGCCGACAAUUACAACGAGUGCUAUCACUGCAAGACCACCCACCCCGACAUUCCCACCAUCGCAGAUCUCAGCUCCUACGGUGUCUCGACCCAGGGUGGCCACAUUCAACAUUUCGGCAACCCUACGCCCGAACAGAUUGCUCGUGGUCUCAGGGUGGCUGCCACAUACUACUUCCCCAAUGCAUCCUUGAACAUUUCACCGCACUUUUUCUUCAUCCAGAGAUUCGUGCCCAGCGGCCCUGUCAAGUCAGCCAUGAGAUAUGAGGUCUACAGGAACAAGAACUCCAGCGAUGAAGAUUUUGAAUUGGUCAACCAAAUCUACAAGAGGAUCAUGUCAGAGGACAAGUACCUCUGCGUCAAUACCCAGAAGAACCUCAACGCCGGAGUGUUUGUCAAUGGCGAGCUGCACCCACGCAUGGAGAAAGGCCCCCUGUUCUUCCAGAAGUCAGUGCGCGACCUCGUCACAGCCCACCACAAGAAAGAGAUGGAGGCACGUGAGGAGAUCUGGCCGGCUCGACAGACGCUGCCCAAGACCGACGUCACCGCCCAGAAGGACGUUGCCUUCUGCUCUGCUGAAGAGAGGCUGCAACAUCUGGAGGAGAAACUGGAUCUCUUGUUGAGUGGUGGCCUGCCGAGUCAUUCCACACGUCAGGAGCAAGCACUUGAGGAGACCGUGGACUACUCAGAGAAGUCGUACUCAGUCACUCCUCCAGCCCGCGAGCCCAGCUAUCCCACCAGCCAUCCCUCCUCGAACCUCGAAUUCGACGCCGCCGACACUGCGAAUCCACGGCCGCGCCCAUCCGAGAUCGCCGUGGGGCUCGACCUGUACUUCAAGUACUGCCACAAGCAGCCGAUCUGGUGCUUUGGGCGUGAAGACGUCGGCGACCAUGGCUCUCUCCCCGAAGAACUUGCUUGCAGCAUCCUCGCACUGACUUCCCGUUUUCCUCCGAAAUGUGAUCAGACGCAGCGCUACGGCAAGAAUGCACGCAAUUUGAUUAUGCUUCGUAUCGCUAAUGGAACCGUGGAUCUCGCCACCAUCGAGAGCUUGUACGGAAACAUGUCUCUUGGCCAAUUUCACGUCGGUCUUGCUUUUCAACUUUGUCGAUCCGCCUCGCUAGACCUCGAGUCUACCUACACCGUCGACGAUGCCACUACAGAGCGCAAGAAAAGGUUGUUCUGGAGUCUCCAGUUACUUGAGCAGUCUUUCGGCCGACAGCAUGGUCUUUUAAGUGUUCCAACAGAGACGUGGCGGCCGUCGUACUCUUCCAGUGGCAGAGGCCAAGGACCUGACAGAGAAGUGGACCAAAAGGCCCCGCCUCUACCUAGAGAUGACCUGGGAUGUUCAUCACCCACCGAGCCGGGAAUCUGGAACACCAGCGUCCAGCUGGGCUGGGUGUGGAGCCGAGUCAGGAAAUACGUGUCUAAUUGUGCUCACAAUAUCUGGAGGGAACCAUGGCGGCACGACUCCAUGUAUGCCAUGGUGUCGUCGGAUUUCAUGGAGACCGAGAACAGGAUCCCCAUCUGCCACCGAUACGACUCGGUCAAGUUCUACGAGCGUAAAGUGGAAGAGCUGAAAAUCAAUCGAGACUACUGGGCGCCGUGGCUGCGGGAGCAGUUCACGUACCAUGCCAUCCCGACAGUCUUGAAUCACCCCUUCCUCUACAUUAUCGGAGCACAACAUAAUCCAAACCUGGCAAUUCCCAAUACGUUUUGGCGGAGAUCUUCCGAGCUCGCCCUCUUACACUCGACCUGGAUUGUUCGCAUGAUUGAUAUGGUCUUGGACAAGCAGAUGCCGCUGGUCGACCCAUUUUUCGGCCAUGUGGCUGCGAUUGCAGCCACCGUGCAUCUCUACUACUGUUGUGCGGCCGACUCCCGGCUGAAACACAAAUCAAACACGGACUUUGCAAAAUGCAGGCGGUUUCUGAAGAGUUUUGUCCCCUUUUCGCCGGCGUGUAAAGCCUUGGACACUAAUCUAGACAAGAUGACACGGAUUGCGGCCGGGACUGAGAGCAUGGAUGUUGAAGACUGGAUGCCAUCCAAAAUCUACCUCAGUGUCCCCUUGAUGUGGGACAUUCUCCAGUUCAACUGUAUGGCAGACUCCCGACAGCCACCGACUGCCGGCUUGCUGGAUGCUUCACUCUCCCCUGCUGUGCCUCAGAAAUACGCCGACGAGAGCUCAACCCUGGAGAUCAUCGUCGCCACCUCGCCCGAAAUCAGCAUUAACACUGCGGACGGAGGACAAGACGCCCCAAUUUUGUCCUACAGGGCUCCUGUUUCUUCCGCGCUAGAAUCCGCGCAGAAGAAUGUGUGCAAUGAAAUAUCUGUCGAGCAGGCGGACAGCCUCACUCUGAACACGACUCCCUGGCUAUGGGCGGAUCCUUCACAGUUUGUCGGCAUGGGAGAUAUGGGCUACCACGACUCGCAAAAUGCCAUGGGCGACGUCAGAACUGCCGCGUGGUGGGAAGUCGAGAACAUUGGUAACGUCAUGUUUAAUCACUUUUAG